UCCCGGCCACAUCCGCCAUUUCGGAGGCGACUGGAAAGCCAUUGUUAGCAAAAACAGCGUUAUGUUGAAAGUGUCGACCUUAAAUUCGUCCAAUUUCACGAUCUAGUCUCGAGGUUAGAAAAACCACAUAUGCAUCACUCUCGUGCAAGUAACGCCAAGGGAAACGUUUUUAGAAUAGUUUUGCGCGUUAGAUUACGUGAAUUUGUUCGCGUUCGUCUGUAGUGUGUUAGCCUAGCAACAGCAGGAAGAACGCAGGCCGCUUGGCUGAGAUUUCGGCGUGCGUUGUCUUCGGCAUCACAUCAUCAGCUAACGAUAAUUAUAGAAUAAUUUUGUGGUUUUGAUAUUUCACAUCUUUGUUGUAUCGCCACGCUGUCCGUCGCGGCACAGGAGUCAGUAGAAAUUGAAAGAGAAAUGGCAAGCUCGGUGGGGAACGUGGCUGACAGCACAGAACCAACCAAACGUAUGCUUUCCUUCCAAGGUUUGGCAGAACUGGCGCACCGUGAAUAUCAGUCAGGAGAUUUUGAGGCAGCUGAGCGACACUGCAUGCAGCUGUGGAGGCAGGAGCCGGAUAAUACAGGCGUCUUGCUGUUGCUCUCCUCUAUCCACUUUCAGUGUCGCAGGCUUGACAGGUCGGCGCACUUCAGCACUUUGGCCAUCAAGCAGAACCCAAUGCUGGCUGAGGCGUACUCCAACCUGGGCAAUGUUUACAAGGAACGAGGACAACUGCAAGAGGCCAUCGAGCACUACCGUCACGCACUCCGUCUAAAACCAGACUUCAUCGAUGGAUACAUUAACCUGGCAGCAGCCCUGGUGGCGGCAGGGGACAUGGAGGGAGCAGUUCAAGCAUAUGUGUCUGCCCUUCAAUACAACCCUGUGAGUGUGGAGGACCUGUAUUGUGUACGCAGCGACUUGGGUAACCUCCUUAAAGCGCUUGGGCGCCUUGAAGAAGCAAAGGCUUGUUACCUGAAGGCAAUUGAAACUCAGCCAAACUUUGCCGUGGCCUGGAGUAACCUGGGCUGUGUGUUCAACGCCCAGGGAGAGAUCUGGCUGGCCAUUCAUCAUUUUGAGAAGGCAGUGACCCUGGAUCCAAACUUUUUGGAUGCUUACAUUAACCUGGGCAAUGUCCUAAAAGAGGCUCGCAUCUUUGACAGAGCUGUCGCCAGUUAUCUGCGUGCCCUCAGCCUGAGUCCUAACCAUGCCGUCGUGCAUGGGAACCUGGCCUGCGUGUACUAUGAACAGGGUUUGAUUGACUUGGCCAUUGACACCUAUCGUCGUGCUAUUGAGCUGCAGCCCCACUUUCCCGAUGCUUACUGCAAUCUCGCCAAUGCUCUGAAGGAGAAGGGCAAUGUAAGAAACUCAAAGGUAUCUGAAGCCGAGGAAUGCUACAACACAGCCCUGCGUCUGUGUCCGACCCAUGCCGACUCCCUCAACAACCUGGCCAACAUCAAGCGUGAGCAGGGCAACAUCGAGGACGCUGUACAGCUCUACAGAAAAGCUCUGGAGGUGUUUCCAGAAUUUGCUGCAGCCCAUUCAAACCUUGCCAGUGUCCUGCAGCAGCAAGGCAAGCUUCAGGAAGCUCUUAUGCACUAUAAGGAGGCCAUCAGAAUCAGCCCCACAUUUGCUGAUGCUUACUCCAAUAUGGGCAACACGCUUAAAGAGAUGCAGGAUGUUCAGGGCGCCCUGCAGUGCUACACUCGCGCAAUUCAGAUCAAUCCUGCUUUUGCAGAUGCUCACAGUAACUUGGCUUCCAUUCACAAGGAUUCUGGAAAUAUUCCUGAGGCGAUCGCGUCUUAUCGCACUGCUUUAAAACUCAAGCCAGACUUCCCUGAUGCCUACUGUAACUUAGCUCACUGCCUACAGAUUGUGUGUGACUGGACUGACUAUGAUGAGCGUAUGAAGAAGCUGGUGAGCAUUGUGGCCGAUCAGCUGGAGAAGAACCGCCUGCCAUCUGUGCACCCCCAUCACAGUAUGCUGUACCCCCUGUCACACAGUUUCCGCAAGGCAAUUGCAGAGAGACAUGGCAACCUCUGUCUGGAUAAGAUCAAUGCUCUGCACAAACCUGCCUAUGAGUAUCCAAAAGACCUGAAGGCCAGCGGAGGACGUCUGCGCGUAGGCUACAUUAGCUCAGAUUUUGGCAAUCAUCCCACUUCCCACCUGAUGCAGUCCAUUCCUGGUAUGCACAACUCUGAGAAGUUCGAGGUGUUCUGUUAUGCCCUCAGCCCAGAUGACAGCACCAACUUUAGAGUCAAAGUCAUGGCAGAGGCUCACCACUUCAUCGACCUCUCGCAGAUUCCCUGUAAUGGAAAAGCAGCUGACAGGAUCCACCAAGAUGGAAUCCACAUCCUGGUCAACAUGAACGGUUAUACUAAGGGAGCACGCAAUGAGCUGUUUGCGUUGUGCCCAGCGCCCAUUCAGACCAUGUGGCUUGGUUACCCUGGGACCAGUGGAGCUCCAUUCAUGGACUACAUCGUCAGUGAUAAGGAGACGUCUCCUGUUGAUGUUGCCGAGCAGUACUCGGAGAAACUGGCCUACAUGCCUCACACUUUCUUUAUUGGAGAUCAUGCUAACAUGUUCCCCCACCUCAAGAAAAAGGCAGUGAUCGACUUCAAGUCAAAUGGACACAUUUUCGACAAUCGUAUUGUACUGAAUGGCAUAGAUGUUAAAGCCUUCUUGGAAAGCCUUCCUGAUGUCAAAAUUGUGAAGAUGGAGUGUGACGGCCAGGAGGUGGCUGACAGUAAUGGUGCCCUCUCAAUGCCAGUCAUCCCAAUGAACACAGCUGCCGAGGCCAUCAUUAACAUGAUCAACCAGGGCCAGAUCCAAGUCACCAUCAACGGUUUUACCGUCAGCAACGGCCUGGCCACAACUCAGAUUAACAACAAGGCGGCGACCGGAGAGGAGGUUCUCAGAACAAUCGUGGUGACUACCCGCUCACAGUACGGCCUUCCUGAAGACUCCAUUGUGUACUGCAAUUUUAACCAGCUUUAUAAAAUAGACCCUCCCACCCUGCAGAUGUGGGCCAACAUCCUGAAGCGUGUGCCCAACAGUGUGCUGUGGCUCCUGCGAUUUCCAGCGGUGGGCGAGCCCAACAUCCAACAGUACGCUCAGAAUCUGGGCCUGCCCACCUCUCGCAUCAUCUUCUCCCCUGUGGCUCCCAAAGAGGAGCACGUAAGACGUGGCCAGUUGGCAGAUGUGUGCCUGGACACCCCUCUCUGCAACGGCCACACCACAGGCAUGGAUGUGCUGUGGGCUGGUACCCCUAUGGUCACCAUGCCAGGAGAAACGCUGGCGUCACGUGUAGCGGCAUCCCAGCUCACCUGUCUUGGCUGCCCUGAACUCAUCGCUCCGAGCCGCCAGGAGUACGAAGACGUUGCCGUCAAGCUCGGCACAGACAUGGAAUACCUGAAGAAGAUCCGCUCGCGUGUGUGGAAGCAGCGCAUCUGCAGUCCUCUCUUCAACACCAAACAGUACACCGUGGACCUGGAGAAGCUCUACCUGCAGAUGUGGGAGCGCCACGCUAGUGGAGGCAAACCUGACCACCUGGUCAAAAUUCACUCUCUGGAGACCAGUGAGAGCACCUAAACCAAGCUCACUGUUGCAUGCUCCUCCCUCUUUAACCGUUCAGCCGCGCCCCUCAACGAUGUACCUGUCGGUCACAGAGACUCUAAGGAGCCUACAUGUGAGCACCAUCACUUUGAUCACAGCUAGCUUUUGUUUCCAUGAGCCACAGUGGACAGCGGUGUGCCCAGAGCUGCUCUGCUGAGACUCUGCCCUCCUGCCCAUCAUACCUUGAAUAAAUUGAUGUUGGUCCUAAAGAGCUUCAGUACCCUGAAACUUUCAUUUGAAGGGGUCUUACUGAAAAAUGGAUAAUCUAAAAGGCAAAGAUAGAGAAGAGUCUUUAAGCUAAGGAAAAUGUCAUCGAUCAGUGUAACUGUUCUAUAAUGGGCUGUAACGCGGAUGUUUAUUUUUUAGUUAGGUGAUGUGCUGCGCUGCUUGACCUAUUUUAGCUCUCUCAUCAUAACCUAAAGUUGGGUGACGGAUACAUACCACGGAUCUCUUUUUCCCUAAUGAAUGCCAACGUAUUCCAUAUGCUAUGAACAGAAAAAACAAUUUCUCUUCUUUUUUUGAAAAUUGAUAUGUGAACAUGAUAGGAGUGUCAUAUUACACACAUAUUACUGCUAAAGCAUUGACACCUGUUGAUUUUUCUUUAUUUUUUAUGAUUUUACCAGGAAAGGUCUAGGUAAGUAUGUUCUGAAUUGUUUGAGUUUUGUACACUGUCCUCCUUAUUAACCCGUUUUAUUUAUGCUGUGUCGAUUCUACAAGGCUCUGAUAUAACAAAUACUGAAAUAAAGAGAUGUGUCAAACCUUU